GAACGGCCUCAUAACGAUGGCCAGCGCCGCCCUCCAGUCCCUGGUGGAGGCGGCGCCCGCGAUGCGGGCGACGCAUCUGCGGGAGCUCCUCAAGGAUGAGAAGAGGUGCGAUGCAAUGAUGGUCGAGGCAGAAGGCAUCUGCCUGGACUACUGCAGACAAAAAGUGACCCAGGAGACCAUGUCCAAGCUUUUCGACCUGGCGAAGGUCGCCGACGUGGAGGGCAAAAAGAAGCGCCUCUUUGCAGGGGAGAAGAUCAACGAAACAGAGGGCCGUGCAGUUCUGCAUGUCGCGCUCCGGGCACCGAAGGAGGAGACCAUCAACGUGGAUGGCAAGAACGUCGUCCUGGAGGUGCACUCCGUGUUGGACGCGAUCAAGGCGUUCUCAGACAAAGUCCGAUCUGGAAGCUUCGUCGGCCACACCGGCAAGAAGCUGACGGACGUGCUCUGUAUUGGCAUUGGUGGGUCCUACCUGGGCGUCGAGUUCGUCUACGAAGCGCUGAGCAUCCUGUCCCAGUAG